CUCAGUUGUCAAACAUGCCGCUCCAAAAAGGUUAAAUGCUCUGGCACCGCGCCUUGUCAGUACUGUUCGAAGCGAGGACUGUCAUGUUCGAUUAGUCCACUUGGUCCGCGGCGGAUAUACUCGGUGACCAAGAUUGCUGAACUCGAAAGCCGGCUUGCGAGAUAUGAAAGCGAGGGCACAGAGCCGCUCCCUGCUGAUGGAACGAGACCUAGGUCAGAGUCUUCGGGUCUGCUCAAUCCUGGAUCACCAACACCUGGACUGAGCCUAGGAAGCCCUGUAUUAGACGCAGACGUGCCAAUGGCCCAUGGUCAAUCAACCACUCCAAGGAGCACGACGUCACAAAUGCCCAGUACUUCAAAUGAACAACACAGUAUUCCAGAGACACAGACACCAAGGCCAAACCUUGAGCCCAGAUCCCAAUAUCACGCCCCAACCAUCGCUGCCGAGUCGUCCUUAAGUUCUAGUAAUGAAUUCGGCAGAAAGGUUCAUGAAGUACUGACCAACUCCGGUCCAUCAAGUGCCAGAACAAUCCCCAUAUCCCCAAAUCCUGUACAGCCUACGAUGAAUCAUCCAUCACCUUUCAGAGCUUCUACUCAAGCUAUUCCACAACUACCCAGUGAAGAAGAAGCUUUUCAACUCCUCGAGACCGUUGGUUUCUAUAUUGGACAAACGCAGUGUCAUUAUGACCUUCGAGGCCUCACUGAUCGUAUUGGGUGGCUGUACGAGAACAUGGAUGAUCCUCAGACUCAUGAACUAUGGUAUAUGCAGGUUCUUCUUGUUCUGGCCGUUGGGCAAAUCUUCAAGGCCGAUAGCCGAGAAGAGGAGAACUUGCCGGGAACGACAUUUUUCGAGUUCGUCGAGCGAAACUUGCCUACAGCAAGUGCCCAGUACAGACUUGGGAGGUUGGCAGUUGAGGUCAAUGCCCUCAUGGCCAUGUACCUUCAAAUGGCAAACCGUAAGGAGGAGGCCUAUCUUUAUAUAAACACUGCUCUCCGACUAGCUAUUUUACAUGGCUAUCAUCAGAAGGACUCUGAACGGAACCUUUUGAGGUCAGAGAAAGCACAGAUCAACCGGCUAUGGUGGACAAUAUACAUGCAAGAGAGACGCCUAGCCGCAGCAAAUGGAAAGCCGUCAGGCAUCAUCGACAGCGCCAUAAGCAUGCCUCUACCUUUUGAAGCCCCUGGAUUUCCAACUGGCGCUGCUAUUCGCACAAACAUCAAGAUUGCACAGGUGACUGGGCAGGUGAUAACAAUAUUGUAUGGUACCAAGUUCAAGAUAGAGCAAGAUUUCGUCUCCCAUGCUCAGCCGAUCAUCAAGAGCUUGGCCGAUAUCGCAAAAGAGAUCCCAUCAGAGCAAUCCCUGAGUCUUUGCGGAAACUCGGAACUGGCACUCAGGACAUCUGCAUCAUUGCAUCUCAUGCUCUACCAGGCAACGCUGUUAACUAUUCGACCUCUUAUGCUUCACACCGCACAACUGAUCUUGAGCGGCCAACCCUGCAACGAACUCGAGGGUGGUUCACUCGACACACUUUCCAAGACCUGCUCAGAGGCUGCGAGGCGACUUCUGGAGGUUAUAAUUGCUCUAAAGAGAAAGGGGAUACUUCCAAUAUUCGGCUUCUUUGACUGCGACGCCGUCUUCUCGGCAGCUUUCAUCAUGCUUCUCACCAUGAUCUUUGAUUCAGCUUGUGAGCCAAGCCAGAGACUUAACCCUACUCCGGGCCUAAAAGACGCAAUGGACAUAUUGCAUUACAUGGCUGAACAUGGCAACACCUUUGCGAGACAGAGGUUUCAAGAAGUCCAAAGCGUGCGAGAUCAUCUCUCGGCUGCGUUGAACUCUCUUGAGGCCAACACACCCACAUCAACCAAUCAAACAACGACGGUAUCAAAUUCAGAGCACCAAGGAUCUGGCACAAGCGCUGUUCACAGUGCUCACCCCCCACAUGAAGAUCCUCCUUGGUAUCCCCCUGUAUGGGACGUGUCAGAUCAAUGGCUUCACUCUGUCGAUUUAAAUGGGGAGCUCAAAGAUUUGCCUCUGGGAGACUCAUUCGACCAAUAUCAGUCCCUACUUAAUGAUCCAGACUGGAGUUUGACGGGACAAGACGUGGGAGAUUUUGCAGAACUAAGAAGAUAUAUACAAAGAUUAAACUCGUAA